AUGAAGAUACUCGUUGUAUUAGCUGCCUGUCUGGCUGUCUGCUUGGCUUUUGAUAUCCCAAGACCAUUCAAAUGGGACGAGUCCUUCAAAGUUUUUUACGAGAAAAUUGAUGAGCAGCAUCAGGGGCUGUUCGAGGCCAUCUACCAGGUUUGCCGGCACCCAGAAGACGCCGAAAAGUUGAAACAUCUUGAUGACGUCAUCGAGAAACAUUUCAGAGAUGAGGAGAAAAUGAUGGAAGAUGCCAAAUACGAAGAAUACGAUGAACAUCACAAAAUUCACGCUGACUUCGAAGCCAAAUUAGACGCUGUCCACGUUCCAGUGACCCGUGAUCAAGUUAAAUACGCAAAGGAGUGGCUGGUUAACCACAUCAAGGGCAUUGAUUUCAAAUACAAGGGCAAACUGUAA